AUGGAUCACUGUGCCAUGGCUCACAAAACUAUUCCAAUUUUGAGACGGAACACGUCCACUACCUCCUCUCAAUGCUCGGAUAGCGUUGCUGGACAGGUACUUGACCCACAUGAUAGAGCUGAGCAAGGACUUUACAAGGGCUCGGCAGGGCUAUCUAGCAAUGAUUUGAGUGGGCCAUCCGAAGUUCCUGAGAAGCCGCUUCCUUUUCGAUGUUCGGUUGAUGAUUCGGCGAGCACACUCGCCGGGUCUGUUGGUGAGAGUUUGUAUAAGAGGUUCAGCAAUAAACAAUUGCCAGAACAAUCCAAUGUCAAGAAAAAUACUGGGUGGGUUUCAAGAAUAUUGGGCCCCCUGUGCAGACUCAUCACCCAUCCUGCCAGGGUUCAGCAACGAUCGAAUCGAACGAGUCACGAUGAUUUCAAAGCAGGCUACGAUAAAUUCAGACUUGACAGCUUUGACAAAUACCCUGAUGGAUGGCCGAGAGUAACAGCUUUCGCGGAUAGUUGUGACUCUUUCAGCAACUUUCGUAGAUUCAGCUAUUGGCACACAAGACUUCUGUUUCUUCGUAUGAGCAGUAUCACAGAACUCGAAAGAGAAAUUGCUGCGUUAGACAAAAGAGAUAGCGAAGGGGGGCCAGAAAAUGAUCACCGGUUGAAGAACAGGUACUAUAGGGACGAUCCCAACGAUCCAAAAAGGAUUGCGGAGGACAAAAUGGAAGAAGAGUUGAUCAAGUACGACGCGCUCCUACUCAACCAUGAAAAACUAAAGAACAUGCGACCCACACCUGCCCAAGAUCAUGAUAGUCUCUUCAAAUUCUUCUAUUCAAAUAAACCACUGGAUACUGAGGAGUUCGAUUUCAUCAAUGAGCCUACCGAUUGGAUCUCGGUUGUCAAGCACCAACGUCAAAUAUUUGAAGAAUUGGUCAAGGAAAAGCUGUCCCAAUGGCCGAAAUCAUUCUUAAUGAGAUUUUGUAGCUCAUCGAACUCAGUCCUCUCCAGCACAGCCGACGAGAAAGCAGUCUACAUAAACUCAACAAAAGUAGCGGCACUUUCAAAGUUAAUGCUCGUUUUCUUCACCCUCGCUCUUCUUCUAUGCCCUGUUAUCCUAUUUCUGUUGACCUCUAUGAGUCGAUGCGCAAUGGCUCUUGUCGUCCUUAUAUUUGUUUUCAUUUUCAGCAGUGGGAUGAGUGCUUUGGCCGAGGUUACUGUGCAAGAGAUCUUCAUAGGCUCCAGCACUUAUUGUGCUGUUCUCGUUACCUUUCUUGGCAACUUACAACAAGCUCGGCCGCCCGACGCUUAA